AUGAAGAACCUGUGUUGCUUACUAGUGUGUCGAAAGCAGCAUCAGCAUCAGCAGCAAGACCGCCGAAGUCUGACUUUGCAACGAGAUCACUACAAGCAUGGCAGCAGUGCAAGCUGGAAGAGAAGAAGAAAGUUUGGAGUUUUCCUGGCCAUGGUCAUGGGGUGUCUUGUCUGGUACGUAUGCUACCUGUACAUGUACACCUUGUCUCCAAGCACUGGUAAUAGUCAAGGAGAGGGCAUUUUGAUUACUAGUUCCUCUGCUACUAGUACCACUGCAUUAUCUACUAGUAGUAAGGUGAGCCAGCAGAAACAAGCGCAAGCUCAGCAGAAGACCAAUGACAAGACUGCAGAAAAGCCUGAUCGUGGUUCUGAUGAUGCCAAUCCCAAGCAGGCAGCAGUGGAACUAGGAGCUUCUGCAGUGUCAACCAUGCCUGCUUGUGAGACCAAUGCCCAGACUACUCAAGCUUCCACUGAGCUUGUCUGGCAAGCCUUUGAGUCCACUGUGAAAUUGCUGGACAAGCUUGGUGUCGACUAUUGGCUAUCUGCCGGCACACUGUUGGGUUUUGUCCGCAAUUGUUCUCAUAUUCAUUACGACCUGGACUUUGCCAUUGAUCUUCGCUGGCUUCAACAACGUCAGCUCCAAGAAAUGCUACUCGUAGAAACAUUCAUGCAAACCAAUCCAGGCCAGUUCCGACACAACAAAUUCUUCAAGGGCGUCGAUGGGACCACACUCUCUGAAGGAGCCGAACGAAACUUUGUCUUUGAAAAUAAUGGAAACAUCAAAGUCGACUUUUUUCAUUCGCUCCGCACCCAAAACUUUUUUCGCAAUGGGUACAAUACCGAACGAGGCUUAUUCUCCUGUCCGCGACCCAUGCAAUACGUACAAUCCUUCCAAUGGCGCAAUCUAAAGGUGCCCGUUCCCAUGCCCUAUCAAGACGUAUUAAAGGCAACCUACGGUGUCGACUACAUGACACCCCAAAAACGACGCAAACGAAAAGACCAUUUUCUAUGGAAAGCCACUGACGGGGGUUGUCUCAUUGUACGACCCGGAAGAGCGCAUCGACAUUAUGACGACAAGAUUGGUAUACUGACGUGUCUUGUCACUACUAGCGCUACCAGUGAACAACAAGUCGUGGCACAAGCCCGUGCCCUCGUGCAAAGUCUACGCAAAUGGGAGGCUCCCGUCACGCUCGAACUGUAUCACUACGAGACGCUCACCGACACACAAAAAACACUCAUUAUGGGAGACGACUACUUGCUCGACGACGACAAGGUACGAUUUGUACAGCUCGACAGCAAUAAUCAACAAGAGGACGACGAGUCACACUGUUACGAGCAAGCGCUUGCCACGACGAGCUUGGAACAUGUCUUAUUGGUGCGACCGUCCAUUAUCUUUUUGCGCAAUCCACUCCAUUGGGUCUACACGGCACACUACGUACACGAACGAGACUGCAAAUGUCAAACCACCUGCGCCACUUCCACCGUGUGGGAACUCUUGACCAACAAGCCAUGCGUCCGCUUUCAUGCCAAUCAAACGACUCCCACGUUGAUCACCCAAGACGACUCUGUCGAAACCGAAAUUGCCGUAUUUCAUUCCUCCGUCCAUCGAUCUCUCAAUUGGGCCUAUCCCACACCACAUUAUUAUGACACCACCAACACACAACAAUCAUUCGACGCCGUGUCUUUGUUAGUCCAGACGACGGGAGAGCAACGUGCCCCGCUGGCCGAAGAAUACGAGCCACAUGUGCGGCAUCACCGGAAAUCGUACCAUGCCGCUUGGCAACAACAAUUGGCCCGUCCGUAG